UUGGUAACCCACGCUCAGGCAGGCUCUGGCCCGGGCCUCAUAUACGGCUCACAGAGCUGCGCUCCCCAGAGCAUCACCGCUGGAACAGCUGGGGUUCCUUCACUCACGGGGCGUCCUGUUAACAUCAUGGUCGAGCAGUUUGUUGGAACCUGGACUUUAAUUUCCAGCGACAACUUCGAUGAGUACAUGAAAGCAGUCGGGAUGAGCUUUGCCUCUCGGCAAAUGGGCAGCCUGGCAAAGCCAGACCUGGUGGUCAGCCUGGAUGCGGAUGGGGUCAUUAAAAUAAAGGCUGAGAGUACCUUCAAGACCACCUCCAUAAAGUUCAAGCUCAAUGAAGAAUUCGACGAGACAACUGUGGAUGGACGAAACGCAAAGUCUAUCUUCACCCUUGAGAAUGGAAAACUUGUGCAGAAACAGUCGUGGGAUGGAAAGACCACUACACUUGAACGAGAAGUUCAAGAUAAAAAACUAAUAGCAAAAUGUGUCAUGGACGAUGUCGUUGCCGUGAGGACUUACGAGAAGUCGGCAUGAGACUUUCUGAUUUGUUCCUUGACCUCUGGUAAACUAAAUGAAAGCAAUGAUUUGUUGAAUAAAAGAUGCCAAUAAAGUUUUUGAUUACAAUA